GCAGAAUUGACCAUCCUUUGAGGGUAGAGCAGUAGAGGAAGGUUAUCUCCCACUUGUUCCUCCUUCUGGUCCCUUCUUUUCUCUUUCCUUUGACAUCUUUCUCACUGUGCCCGGGGGUGAUGAACUUUACUCUUGGCUUCAAGCCCCCAGCAGCAGGCAGUUCUGGGCCCGGAGCUGGCAGCGGAGCAACUAUGGAGAACCUGGAGAAGCAGCUGAUCUGCCCCGUGUGCCUGGAGCUGUUCUCUAAACCCGUGGUGAUCCUGCCCUGCCAGCACAACCUCUGUCGCAAGUGUGCCAACGACGUCUUCCAGUCAGCUAACCCUCUGUGGCAGUCCAGAGGCUCCUCCAGCAUAGUUGCCAGUGGCGGCCGCUUCCGCUGCCCGUCCUGCCGCCAUGAGGUUGUGCUGGAUCGCCAUGGAGUGUUCGGCCUGCAGAGGAACCUGCUGGUGGAGAACAUCAUCGACAUCUACAGACAGCAGGAGUCCUCCAGGCUUGUAAACACGAAGCCAGAGCAGCAGCAGCUGAUGUGUGAAGAACACCAAGAGGAGAAGAUCAACAUCUACUGCUUGUCCUGCCAGACGCCGACCUGCUCCAUGUGCAAAGUGUUUGGACAACACAAAGACUGUGACGUGGCUCCGCUCAACAGCGUCUACGUAAGGCAGAAGACGGAGCUGAGCGACGGCAUCGCCAUGUUGGUCGCCAGUAACGACCACAUCCAGGCAGUCAUCUCCCAGAUGGAAGAAAUCUGCCGCACUGUAGAGGACAACGGGCAGCGGCAGAGAGAGCACCUGGCCAACCGCUUUGACAGCUUGGUUUCCAUCUUGGAGGAGCGGAAGCAGGAGCUGGUGGGGCUCAUCACCAAGGAACAGGACGACAAGCUCAAACACAUGAGGUCCCUCAUCCGUCGGCACAGCGACCACCUGGAGGCCGCCGUCACUCUGGUGGAGUCGGCCUUGCAGUCCAUGGAGGAGCCACACAUGUCUUUGUUCAUACAGAGUGCCAAAGUCAUCCUGGAAAC